AUGCAAACCGUAUCAGCCCCAGAUUAUGAACAUACAUCCCACCGGAAGGCAGGCCCGGAAGUACUUGAGCUCCUCGAUAUGAGAGAGGAUGCCAGCGACGUUCCUUUCCCUCAAGGGCUGUUAUGGGAUCAUGGAGGCAUUAGCUUGAUAGUCACCAUUAUGAAGUUGGAUCUCAUCUUACACUCACAAAUAUGCAUUCGCACUCACCCACAAAUAGAUGGUAUAGAUGACUGUAAUGACUUUCUGGUAGGAGUUGUUCCGCCUAGUGCUGCUCUCUAUAGGGAAAUUAUAAGCUUGAUAUGGAUGCUUACGAUUAGCCAUCGACGGCGGCAAUUAUCAAAGGUCUCGGGCAAUGCUAGGACCUAUCGGCUAGGAGUGGCCACUGAGUCAUCGCGGAGGUUCCCGGUAAGUACUGGCUCAGCCGAUGCAGUCACCUCUGCGGGGUACGGUGUGGGCGGGGGUAUACGGUCAGGAACUGAGUCUGUGCCGGGGUAUCUGUGGUGUAGGGAGUGA